GUGCUGGCCGCGGCAGGAAACCGGGCUGAAAGGAGAUGAGUCCCCGGCAUGCAGUAGAGCCUCGCUGGGGGAAAUGUCAGCUUGGACCAUGGGCGCCCGAGGUCUGGACAAGCGAGGAAGUUUCUUUAAGCUCAUUGACACGAUCGCCACAGAGAUCGGAGAACUGAAACGGGAGAUGGUGCAGACAGAUAUCAGCCGGGAAAAUGGCCUGGAACCUUCUGAAACCCACAGCAUGGUGAGACACAAGGAUGGUGGCUAUUCUGAAGACAAGGAUGGGAAGACGUGUCCCCGAGACUCUGGCUAUGACAGCCUCUCUAACAGGCUCAGCAUUCUGGACCGGCUCCUGCAUACCCAUCCCAUAUGGUUGCAGCUCAGUCUGAGUGAGGAGGAGGCGGCAGAGAUCCUGCAGGCCCAGCCUCCAGGGAUCUUUUUGGUUCGUAAAUCCUCCAAAAUGCAGAAGAAAGUCCUCUCCCUUCGCCUGCCCUGUGAAUUUGGAGCACCUCUCAAAGAGUUUACUAUAAAGGAAAGCACCUACACCUUUUCCCUGGAAGGCUCAGGAAUCAGCUUUGCAGAUUUAUUCCGGCUCAUUGCUUUCUACUGCAUCAGCAGGGAUGUUCUGCCAUUCACCUUGAAGCUGCCUUAUGCCAUUUCAACAGCCAAGACGGAGUCUCAGCUUGAAGAACUAGCCCAACUGGGACUAAAUUUUUGGAGCUCCUCGGCAGACAACAAACCCCCAAACUCCCCACCUCCCCAUAGGCCUCUUCCUUCAGCCGGCAUCUGCCCUGCCUCCUUGCGUCAGCUCUGCCUUAUAAAUGGAGUGCAUUCUAUAAAAACCAGGACGCCUUCAGAGCUGGAGUGCAGCCAGACCAACGGAGCCUUGUGUUUUAUUAAUCCUCUUUUCUUGAAAGUGCACAGCCAGGACCUCAGCACAGGCCCAAAGCGGUCGAGCACAAGGACUCCCAACGCGAAUGGCACCGAGAGACCUCGGUCCCCCCCACCCAGGCCCCCGCCACCCGCUAUUAAUAGUCUGCACACAAGCCCUGGGCUAUCCAGGACUGAACCCCAGACGAGCAUGCCAGAAACAGUCAACCAUAGCAAACAUGGGAACGUAGCUCUGCUUGGAACAAAACCAACUCCCAUCCCUCCACCCCGGCUGAAGAAGCAGGCUUCUUUUUUGGAAGCGGAAAGCAGCGCCAAGACCUUGACUGCCUGCCGGCCCAGCCGGAGCUCGGAGCAGGAGCCCGAGCUGGAGCUGGAGCUAGAGAUGGGCACAGCUGGGCACGCAGGUGGAGCCCCGCCUAGGGACGCCCCCGGGGAUUGCACAAGGGCGCCGCCGCCCGGCUCUGAAUCACAGCCACCACCGUGCCAUGGAGCUAGGCAGAGGCUGAGCGACAUGAGCCUUUCCACUUCCUCCUCCGACUCACUGGAGUUCGACCGGAGCAUGCCUCUGUAUGGGUAUGAGGCCGACACCACCAGCAGCCUGGAGGACUACGAAGGGGAGAGUGACCAGGAGACCAUGGCACCCCCCAUCAAGUCCAAAAAGAAGAGGAACAGCUCUUUUGUGCUGCCCAAGCUUGUCAAGUCCCAGUUGCGAAAGAUGAGCGGGGUGUUCAGCUCCUUCAUGACCCCUGAAAAGCGGAUGGUCCGCAGGAUCGCGGAGCUGUCCCGGGACAAAUGCACCUAUUUUGGGUGCUUGGUGCAGGACUACGUGAGCUUCCUGAAGGAGAACAAGGAGUGCCAUGUGUCCAGCACCGAUAUGCUGCAAACCAUCCGGCAGUUUAUGACCCAAGUCAAAAACUAUUUGUCUCAGAGCUCUGAACUGGACCCCCCUAUUGAGUCACUGAUCCCAGAAGACCAAAUUGAUGUGGUGUUGGAGAAGGCCAUGCACAAAUGCAUCUUGAAACCCCUCAAGGGCCAUGUGGAGGCCAUGCUGAAGGACUUCCACACGGCUGAUGGCUCAUGGAAACAACUCAAGGAAAACCUACAACUCGUGAGGCAGAGGAACCCACAGGAGCUGGGGGUCUUUGCCCCAACCCCUGACUUGAUGGAGCUGGAGAAAAUCAAGCUUAAAUUCAUGACCAUGCAGAAGAUGUAUUCGCCAGAAAAGAAAGUCAUGCUUUUGCUACGGGUCUGUAAGCUCAUCUACACUGUCAUGGAGAACAACUCAGGGAGGAUGUACGGUGCAGACGACUUCUUGCCAGUCCUGACCUAUGUCAUAGCUCAGUGUGACAUGCUUGAAUUGGACACUGAAAUCGAGUACAUGAUGGAGCUCCUGGACCCAUCACUGCUGCACGGAGAAGGUAAUAUACCCCCCGAUGUGUCAGAGGAACUGGACAGCGAGGUGUUGGGGGAGAGGAGAAAGCCUGGGCAGAGGGACCGGAUAUCCAGUUUCCUCAGGAAACAGCAGUGCUUAUCCUGCAGCGCAGCACCCCCACCCCCACCUCCCCCACCCCAGUUGCCCUUUGGGAAGUGGGGGAGGUGCAACAAGAAUUACCUCCGAGUUGCCUUCCAAGAGGUCAACAGCGGAUGCACUGGGAAGACCCUCCUUGUGAGACCGUACAUUACCACAGAGGAUGUGUGUCAGCUCUGUGCUGAGAAGUUUAAGGUGGAGGACCCUGAAGAGUACAGCCUGUUUCUCUUUGUUGAUGAGACAUGGCAACAACUGGCAGAGGACACUUAUCCUCAGAAGAUCAAGGCCGAGCUGCACAGCCGGCCUCAGCCCCACAUCUUCCACUUUGUCUACAAACGAAUCAAGAGUGAUCCUUACGGGGUGGUUUUCCAGAAUGGAGACGACCUCACUCCCUCAUAGGGGACACAUGGGACUUCCCAUUGAUACAUCCAAAAAGGGAGCUGAGAGUCUAGCUUUCUGGCUGCCUUGUGUUUGAGCUUAGAAGACAGCCACCUUCUCAAGGAUCCCUCAGUUCAGUGACUAAGCCAUCCAUAGGCUGACUUGGCCAAGGGCAUCCUUUAGAUUCAUUGCCCAGAUGAGGUAGCUGAGAUUUGGGAAAUAGUUAAGACUCUACUCCAGAAAUGGUGAAUUGCAUUUAAUGGUUCAGGUGUCCUGAGAUCACUGGUUAAUUAACUAGUUAACCUUAGCCAGCUUCAGGGUUGGCUUACACAUCUGUAUAUGUGCUGAGGAAACACUUAAGGUACAAACUCUUCUCUUGGAUUCCAUAGCAGGUGUUGACAAGACUGUUGGAUGCAGUGUGUCAGGUCCCCCUCAGCUUUGUGGAUGGCGCCACCCUUCCCUCAUGCCCUUUUUUUGUCCUUCCUUCAUUCUAUACUUUUUUUUUUUUUUUUACAAAGAGCCUUUGUGUUUUUAUAUAUUUCAUAGAAAAAUUUAUAGCAGUUGCAGGUAAACUGUCAGGAUUGGUUUUUAAAAUAUUUUUGUAACUUUUAAAAUAUUCUAUAAGUAUGCAUGUGAUUUAACAUUUAAUAUUUGAAGAUAAAUCUCUUGCUGGAUUUGAGAGUACUGCAUUUUUAGAUGCCUCGUAGAUAUCUCUCUUCUGUAACUGGAUAUUUCAGCAAAUUUGUGGGGAGAGACUUCUGGUUGUCUUAAAGCAAUCCCUGACGCUGGCCACAGGCUGCCUUUAAAAAAUCGGGUAUACUGUUAUAUUGUUACAUUGUUCACUUUUAGCAGUGUAUUGUUACAUUGUUCACUUUUAGUGCUGGUGUACCGGUUCGUUGUCUGUUUAUGUUUUUAAGCAAUUGAUGCUGAGAAUUAGGAGAGAAAUGAAUGUAGAGAGAGGUAGAGAGAGAAACAGACUCUUAAAGAGGGACUGAGGAAUGUAGUCUGCAGGUUCAGGCUCUUCCGGAGGACAUUGGGAAAGAAGUCAGUACUGUAAAAUAUGUGCUGUGGUGAGCUUUGACAAAGAUCUAUUCCAUAUGCUAUCUGCUUUGGGGAAACAAUUUUUAAAAUCCCUAUAAGGAAAAGUAAAUCAAGGAUAACGAUCCCUCUGACCCAUUUUUUAAGCCAACACUAAAGAUAUCAGUUAUUUGGAGGCAGAAACCAAGUCAUGUAUAAUAUGAGUUUAGUUGAGUUCAAUGAGAUGUUGAUGGCAAGAGAAUGCACCAAAACCAAAAACAACCCAAAAAAAACAAAACAAAAACCCUCUGUAUUAUAAGAUUGGACAAUGGUUGGGGCGUGGCUCAGUGGGAGAGCUAACAUACACACACUAGCAUGCUGGGUUUCCAUCCUCAGCAUGACAAUGAGCAAAGCAAACAGAAAACAUGGAUGUAUGGUGACGUCAGACUUAUGUUGUAUAAAAUGAAUUUAUGGACACACGUAUUCCAGAAGGGUCAUACAUCAGUGUAAUACAGAUCAUUGCAAAACAAAAGCAGAAAGCCAUGUUACUGUCCUGUGUAAGGAUGCAUAGGCAUCUGAUCCAGAGGACCUCGUACCCUGUACCCCUGGCUUUUGUUGUCCCAGAACCCUCCCUCGGCACAUGCUGUGUUGUGCUUCCUUUUGUAAAUGAUUUUCAAUGGAAUUUUGCACAUAAUACAUUGUAAUACUGUACAAUAAUCCUGUAUAAAAU